AUGGCUGCAUCGGCACCCAUAUCCAGGACGAUCUACACAGGUCCCUUUGUUCAUAGCGUGUCGCUUGGCAAGCUCGAGAUAUGCGAAAGGGCGGCCAUUGGAGUCGACGAGAAUGGAAUUAUCGCUUUCGUUGAGAAGAACACUGAAGAAGAUAGUAUUGGAAAGAUCAAAGGCCGGCGAGAAGGAUGGUCAGAUGCACAUGUGGUUAGCAUUGAGGGAGAUGGCUUCUACUUUCCAGGCUUCAUCGACACACACACUCACGCGCCACAACAUCCCAAUACAGGUCUUUUUGGCAAGACCACUCUCCUUGACUGGUUACAAACUUACACAUUUCCAAUGGAAUCCUCAUUAUCUUCCCUACCAACGGCCAAACGGAGCUACCAGAACUUCGUAUCACGGACGUUGUCACAUGGUACUACCACAUGUGCCUACUACGCUACCAUUCAUGUUCCAGCCACCAAUCUUCUCGCUGAUAUCUGCCUGGAACGAGGUCAAAGAGCCCUCGUUGGAAGAGUGUGCAUGAACAGCGACCUGAGCCCUGAAUACUAUAGAGAUCAGAGCACGGAGAGUAGUCUCAAUGACUCAAAAGCGAGCAUCGACUACAUUCGCUCCAUUGAUCCAAACGGCCAUAUCGUAAAGCCAAUCAUAACCCCGCGAUUCGCCCCGUCUUGCACAUCAGAUUGCCUUGCCGCCAUAGGCAAAACAAAGGCGAGAUCGAGCUGGUAA